AUGAGAAACACCCGAUCCCAACAAUCUCAACCUUCUCCUACCAAUGCGACCAUCUCCAGUACCAGUGCUAGCCGUUCUGGCCAAGUUCGAAAUACUGUUCCACCAGCAACCCAAAGCAAGAAGAGACCUACCCGCUCUCAAGCUAGGAGCCGGUAUGAAGAGGACUUUCAAAGUGAUGACAAUCUCAGUGACCAGUUUAACCCCAACAAUGACCUUUCUGAAUCAGAAGAGGAAGAUUUUGAAAUUCACAAUUGUCCCCAAGAACCGGCCACUAAGCGUCCUCGAACUCAACUGGCAGAUUCUUCAAAUUACACAACUACUAACACAACCACACAGACUUCAACAAACAGCUUAUUAGAUGACAAAUGGACCCUUCCUACAGUCUCAAACUACAAGUCACUGGCAAACGCAUGGCCAACUUCAAGAAUUUCUGAAGCUCGACGUCGAUCUGUGCCUCCAUCAGGUCAACCAGCCAAACUUGCUGAACGUAACAAGAUCAUUGGCAACAAGUGGACCAGUCUACCUGAUAUGGAACAACUUGUUUAUGACCCCACAAUAUUCUUCACUCUGUCUGGAUUACCUUUGCCCAAAAAGGUCAAGCCGGUCAAACUCUCAUCUGCAGAUUGCGACGAGUUGCAGAUCCUUUACGACGAAUCGGUUUCUAGCAAUAAAGUAUCCAAGGUUUACGCCAACGUGGCAGCAGGGAUCCCAGACGUCAAGGUGAUUGGUGACUGUCCAAAGAAAGGAUUCCCUUGCAAGCCCGACCCCGCUCAAUACCUUAGGGACAAGGGUUAUCCAGUCGAAGCAGUACAACUACCUGGAUCUACCCUGCGACAUGAAGAUCUACUCUUAGGUUUUGACAAAAUGAACAGCAAGCGGACUCAGUGGCUGAAUGACCUAAAGGCUGGUUUGUUCAAGUUCAAGAAGAUCACAGAAGACCCGAUUCAAGUGAACAACCCCAGUGGUUCAAACAACAGUGGGGUGUCAAAUCCAGCAGAUACCCAAGGAGAAGACGAAGAAUGGGGAGGCAUCUCGGACUCAUGCGGCAUUGUGGAGGACAUUGAUCCUGAUUUGGAUGAUUUGGACGAGGACAGUGACGAUUUACCUGACGAGAACAAUUUCUGA